AUGGCCGACCAUUUCUAUGUCGCUGUUCUCAGCAAGGCGACUUUCUCAGCCUCCCGCCGAUCGUUCUCAGCCAAGCUACCUUUCACACAAUCCAACCAUUACCCUCCCGCCGGAGACACACACACACCAAAGACAGAGGCUGGAAAACCAUAUGUCAUCCAUCAAGCGUUCUCUGUCGUCGCCACCAUUUCUUUCAUCCGCCGGCAGCGCCUCUCAUUCCCGACGUCGAGAAGGUCGUCUUCUUCCGCGACACAAACUGCAGAAGGUCGUCUGCAGCGACAUGUCCUCUCGGCCGAGUGGCUCCCGACGGCAAAAUGCAUAACAAUGAGUUGUCAUCAGGAGAAUAAUACAACUCAAUUUCAUUUCUCAACAAUAUGUAUACCAUAA